UUAUCCUGUUACUUUGCCUCAAAAUUAAUACCAUUUUAAUAUUAAAUCUUGAAUUUCUCCGCCAUUUAUUUUCUUCUGCUGCUGAAAUGCUUGAAAUUUUUAGCUUUUAAUCUCAAAGUUUUUUUUUCUUUCUUGCGUUACCAAUAAAGGGUCGGCCCUCAUGUUUUUGAGAUGGGUUGGAAAGCAGCUCAGAAACUUAUACACCACUGGAAGAUUCUCAGAGGAGAUAAUGUGAUGAUAACCAGAGGUAAAGAUAGAGGCGGAACUGGCCUUGUAAAGCGUGUCAUUCGGUCGCAGAAUCGUGUCAUUGUUGAGGGCAAAAAUCUGGUUAAGAAACAUAUUAAGCAAGGCCAAGGUCAUGAAGGUGGAAUAUUUACAGUAGAAGCUCCACUUCAUGUAUCAAAUGUUCAAGUUGUAGACCCAGUUACAGGGAAGCCAUGUAAAGUUGGAAUUAGAUAUCUGGAAGAUGGUUCUAAAGUAAGAGUUUCUCGGGGGAUAGGAGCAUCAGGGUCCAUAAUCCCCCGUCCUGAGAUUUUGAAAGAGAGGACUACACCCAGGCCGACUGUUGCUGGUCCUAAGGAUACUCUUAUGAAUUUGGUUCUGGAGGAGACUUAUAACGCGAAAACUGGAAAGGGCAUGCCUGAUCUUUAACUCGGUGGUUGCUUCAGCUGAACCAGUUCCGGCCCUUGCACACUUAUACCAAAAUGAGUAGCUAUGAUUUUAGGUUUUGUAAUGGGAUGUUCUUUAAUGAUGCUCCUAAUGAGAACCAUGCUGGCAAUUUUCAGAACGCUAUAUCUUGAAAGAUCAUAGAAUAAGCUAGGUAGGCUUUGUGUUUCUUAUUAAAACACACUUGAAAAUACGUUGGAGGAAACUUUUGUGGAUCAACAUCAAACUCUUUAUCUGGGACUUGGAACUUGAAUCUCUUAGAUAGAUUUGACGAUUUUAUAUGCA